GUAAGGUAAAUUUUCAAAGAUGGCUGCUGCCACAGACAUCGCACACCACAACAAGACUCUCGUGGUAUUAUGCCUUCUUGACGGUCAGCUAUAGAUAACUUAAGAAUGAGUAAAACUGAUCUCUGGAUUUUUGGAGAAGACGGUCGUCUUCAAAAUUUUGAUGCUGAACACUGUCAAGCCAGCAGAACCAGGUCAGUUAAUUCAAAGAACAAAUAUUUUGGCCGUGCAAAUUUGAAAGAUGGAGGUCAUUGCUUGGACCUUCAUGGAAAAGGAGAGGUUCUGAGAGAGCAGAAUGAUAUAAUCACCAAAAAAAAUUUUGAUACUCCCACCAUGUUCAGAGAAGGGUUUGGUGUUUUGAGUGUAAAACCAAUAACAGGAUCAAGUAAGAAAAGAGAAAAAAGACAGUCCCUGAAGGUCAUGAUAGAAAAUUUGCCUAAUUUGUCACAAGACAGAUCUCAGUGUGCCAAUGCUUCAGAAAACAUCAAAGACGACAUAGUUGUGAAGAAAAUCCUAUCAAAUAAAUCUGACACAGUAUAUGCAUCCAAUUUUUCACAAGGAGAAAUUCCAGAAGCUCUUGAUUUGAGGACCACUGAUAAAAACAAUGUGUCAAAAAACUGUUUGAUAAAAGAUAACACAUGUGCCAAAGCAGAUUCAUGUACAAUUUCUUCCCCUGCUACGGAGGCCAUAACAUCUUCACAAUGUCACAAUAUUGCCUUUCAAAGUGAUUUUCCCUGCCUGGGACACCAGCCAAAAGUUAAUGUUUCAGACUGUGCAGAAUAUUUGUCUACCAUGCCUGAAGGUCACGUGCAAGCAGGUUCUAACGUACUUGAUGAAGACUUACUAGUGAAGUCUUCUAUGACAGAAGAGAACAUACAAGCUACCCGAGGUUUGGGAUUGGUUGUGGCCAAACCUAAUACAUUAGUCACUUUACCUCCCUUGGAAGUUCUGAAAACACCCACUUCAAUAUCUGCUGUUGUUGGAUUCGAAAAUGUUUCAGUGUCUCCUAGUGAUAUUAUGGCAGAUUCAGAUGGUGUCGGAAUACAUACAUGUGUACCAGAUUCAAAGUGUUCGUCUGAUUGUGACAUAGCCUCUGUCAUUGGUUCACCUAUGUCAGUCUCACAUUUGUCAAUGUUGGAAAAUGAAAACUCGCUCGUUGAGUAUCUAGCUGAUGCGUCUCGGGCAACACAGUUAAAGUCAACAUGCAUACAGACAGACCCGGGUCCUACCUCAGCGUCUCCGGCAGCACAGUUAAAGUCAACAUGCAUACAGACAGACCCAGGUCCUACCUCAGCGUCUCCAGCAACACAGUUAAAGUCAACAUGCAUACAGACAGACCCGGGUCCUACUUCAGCGUCUCCGGCGACACAGUUAAAGUCAACAUGCAUACAGACAGACCUGGGUCAAACCCCAGAGUCUCUGGGAACACAGUUAAAGUCAACAUGCAUACAGACAGACCCGGGUCCUACCCCUGAGUCUCCGGGAACACAGUUAAAUUCAACAUGCAUACAGACAGACCCGGGUCCUACCCCAGAGUCUCCGGAAACACAGUUAAAGUCAACAUGCAUACAGACAGACCCGGGUCCUACCUCAAUGUCUCAAAGAACAAGGAAGCGUUCAGAAAAUCCAUUGACUCAAUUAGAAGUAAAAUCUAAGCGUAAAAAAACUCGUGACUUAAAGUAUUUGAAGCCGAACACCUCAGCUCAAAUAUCUGGAAGUGACUCGUCCACAUCUUCUGUUUAUCAACAAGAUAGUUCUGUUUUAACAGUAACUGUCGAUGAACCAAACAGGCUAGUUUCUAAUGAGAUGGUCGAUAAAUAUUGUAGGGUCGAUAAAAAGUUUGAUGUGUCCACAGCUACUGACAAAGAGCCAGCAAUGACAGAUACAGAUGCUGUCGGAACACGUACAUGUGUACCAGAUCCGAAGUGUUCUUCUGAUGGUGAUAUAACCUCUGUCAUUGAUUCACCUGUGUCAGUCUCACAGAUGUCAUUAUUGGCCAAUGAGAACUCACUUAUUAAGUAUCUAACUGACGUGUCUUGGAAAACACAGUUAAUGUCAUCAUGCAUACAGACGGACGUGGGUCCUCCUUCAAAGUCCCGGAGAGCAAGGAAGUGUCCACUGACUAAUUUAAAUGUAAAACUAAAACGUACGAAAACUCGUCACUCUAAGCACUUAAAGCAGCAAGUAAAAGGGGUGCCCAAGACGACAACAACGGCAUUUCUUACAAAUACGUGCUCUGAUUCUUUCAACUCCUCGGUACGCAAUAAAUCUACAGAUUCCUUGUUUGCUGGUGAAAAUAGGAUAACAACUGAAUCAGCAAACGAUGUUCAACGUGCUUCUACAGAGUCUGGAAGUGAAUUUAGAAUCAAAACGGAGCCUUCAAACAAUGACGAAUUUUCUGCUGCAAUUUUGGGUAAAACAUUUGGGAUAAAGUCUGAACCAUUAGACGAUGAUGAACAGGCAUCUGCACAGUGUCAGAGUAAAGACCACUCGUCUAAGCUACCUGAAUCGCGCCACACAAAUCUGCAUUCAUUGAGUAAGCCUGAAACAAAUAUGUCAUUGACAGAUGGAGCUACAAAAUCACACAAAUACAACUCGGAUAUGUUGGCAGGAAUUGCCACGUCGAAUGGGCUUUCCUCAAAUGUUUCUUGUGAAAAAUAUGGUUAUACACAACAAUUGCAGCAACCAGUUGAGCAAAUUUCACCUCGACCAAUAUCCAUGGCCACUGCACUACAGACUGAUUCGGCUCUACCUAUUAAGAUCUCAUCCGUUUUCUCUCUUAAGUCACAUAGUUAUAACAUGUCAAUUCAAGAUAUUGUGAACACCCACGAACAAGAUAAGGGUGUCAGUGUUUCAGAGGGAACAAGUUCUGAAAUCCAUUCUGAUCACUCAAAUUCUAAGAACCUGAAUACAAUCAAAUUUCCAGAAGAAAUGAAAAGUGAUCUAUGUCUCCGUUCUCCUUGCCGAGUUGUGUUAGAAAAGAUACAAAUGAAGAAUGGACGAGUGUUAGGCUCCAAAUGUACGAAAACAUGCCGACAACGAUUUCUUUCAACUAAAGAGAAAUUUUAUGUUUCAAGGAUCAAAAGAAGUAAUACAAAUAAUGAUGUUUCAUGCAUGCACGCUAUGCCCCAAAUGAGGAUUGGAACUGGAUUUAACACUAUGGGUGUACAUUCUACUGACUGUCAUUCUUCUUUACCUGUUAGUACUAGGAUAUAUGCUGUACAUCCAGCUACUCGUACCAGUGUGCCACCUGUGAGGUUGCCGCCUGAUGCUACACGUACCGGUCUUUACCUGCAGCCUCCAAAUAGGCCGACGAUGCGCAGUUUUCGUGUAUUGCAACUACCAAAGGGUAAUCCAGAUCAUAAGAAAUACUACAUGAUUAAUGUCCAAGGCAGAAACAUAGUGAUACCAUCGGUUAGUUUGAAUACUCCUCGUAGCGUUUCUUACCAGCAGACUCUUAAAAGACUGACGACACGCAGUUUCCCAGGAAUGCAAUUGUCAAAAACAUCUUCAGAACACCAGUCAUCCAAUUCAUCUCAUGUUCCCAAUCCUUCAAUCAAGACUGAACCCAACACUCAAAGACGAGACGACCAAUCAGCGACCAUGUUGCUUGUUGCGAAGCCAGACGCUGUUGGCAGGAACAUAGUGAUACCUUCUGCUAGGUUGAAUACUCCUCGUAUCGUUUCUUGCCAGCAGACUCUUAAAAGACUGACGGCUGGCAGUUUCCCAGGAAUGCAACUGCCAAAAACAUUUUCAGGACAUCAGUCAUCCAAUUCAUCUCAUGUUCCCAAUCUUUCAAUCAAGACUGAACCCAACACUCAAAGACGGGACGAUCAAUCGGCGACCAUGUUGCUUGUUGCGAAGCCAGACGCUGUUGCGGCAGAGGUUAAGUGAAAAUGUUCGGAUGUCGUACCUCCCGGAAUUUGGACAGUAUGUUGUAAAGAAGACGUUGGUUGGUGAUCAAAACCUAUGACACCUUAACAUGAUGCAGCUUAAAACAAACCUAAUGUUUUGAAAACAAAGGCUAGCAAUGAAACUUUUGAACACUUUAAGAGGUAAACAUGGAAUUAAACAUGUCUUUAACCUAUACCUGGCGUUAGCAAGAUCCUCAACAUCCUAAUAUAUAGCCAAUGGAAGUUUGGUUGAUAUUCUGACGAUACACAGUUUAAUAUAAUAGAUCAAUAUUUCUCCUCACUAUGCGUUAGAACAAUACACGUGUCCCAAGAUAUAUUCGUGUAUCCCACAUAGGUGCACUCAGUGAUCUGUACAAACAUGGCUUUAUAAUUAGAUGACGGUAUUUUACAUUUGUAUUAUGACGUCACAAUUAAAAUUUCAUUAAAAGAUUGUUUGAAUGACUAGCAGUCUUGUCAUCGGUAAGCAAAAGCACUUCUUGAACAUGAGAAUGGUUAUACUAACAUUCACAGAAGGUUCUGCAUGGAUAUUUAAACUUGUGGUAUAUACCUGCGGAAUAGCGUACUUUUUCUGCUCUUUCUAAAUAUGGCAUUAUUUUAUGUAAAAAUUGUCUAGAAAUUUCGCUAAACUGAGUGUUGUAUUUGCAUUGUCUAUGUAUUGCUUGUUCAAAUUUUGGUUAAUAGGCGGGAGAAGAAGAGUAAGUCAUUAUGUAGGUAUGUGGGAUUCGUAUAUUCUACUUCGGAUGCCGAAUUUGGUUUCAGGACCUCAUCAAAGCCUCGGUACUUAGCCAAGUUAUAAACUCCCGUGUUGUAUAUUUAUAUUCCGCACACCUACAUAUGAAAGACUCUUUUAGAAAAAAAGUAUCCUUUGGUAAAAUAAGACAACAUGAUGUUUGUGAAGUCGUGGUUAAACAAAGAUGAACCAGACCAUGGUCUAUACAUUAUGGUCGGGUAUUUAGGGAUGUUUUAACGUCAGGUCGGUUUAUGCAGAAUUCUCAGUUUUUGGGGAGAGUUCCAAAUCUAUUCGGAAAGGAAGAACAGGAGUUGCUUUCUUUAUACCAAUGCUUUGUAUGACUUAGUAGAGAAUUGCGUCAGAUUGUAUUGUCAGGAAAUUGUAAAAAUUAAGCCCUGAUAUUUUUUAAAACCAAGUUGAAAUAUUUUUUCAAUAUCAUAACAGAAAUAACGAUUUGUUAAUGAAGCCAACUCGCUUAUAACGACAGAAGAGGUUGUAGACAAAAAUUUGUACAUGUUAAUUUAAGUUAUUGGGCAAUUGAAAGAUUUUAAGAAUGUGCAUAGAAUAUGAUUUCAAUUUGUUUCGGUGGCCUAAGCAUAUUGUCUACACCGCUUGCUACUGCUAUAAAAUUAGAAUUUAUCAGCAACUCCUGUCGGCUUAUACAUAAUACACUUAAUGGUAUGUUAUUUCAGUCUUUAUUAUGAAAUUUUCUUCGUACAGCUGCUUUUUUCAUAUACAAAGAAUAUGAAUAUGAUCUCAAACAGGCGUGAGCUUACAAAUCACGCGAAUGACACGUGAUCAUGAGGCACCUGUGAAAAAGAGUAUGAUUAUUAAUAAUAUAAGGAUAAUGUACCACAUGUGUGUAAAAAAUAUUAUAUUGUUUGCCUAAUGGUGAUAAUAUACAAUAUGUAUUAUAUGUGAAAAUCGUGUUGAAAAUAUGUAAUUAUUAUGUUGAAAUGGAUCCGUUACUUUAUCCUAUACUCUACCAUGACGUUUUGUACUCAUUCAGCUGCAAUUUUUUUUUAUAUAGCUGCUUCAUUAUUUCCUUGUUAAAACUUUAAUUAAGGCAAAUUGUGCAAAUUGUGUAGGGAUUAUUUGCAAAUCAAAUAUUUUUUUUGAUAAGUCGACCGCGCUGCACAAAGUUGUACUUGCCAUUAAAUUUCCCGGUACAAUGUAUGUGGCAACUCAAUGCCAAGGGAAAAUACUCUUGUGAUCUAGACCAUGGUCCGACUUUCUUUAAUAUAUUUGAAAUAAUUUAUCAUAUUUAACUUAGGCCUUAACUGAUAGAAAAACGAUUAACAUGUUUAAAAAGUUAAUUUAUAGUUUAGAAGGAGGGCCCUGUUGGCGAUUAGUCAGUACUUAUUGUUUAAAUAUUUUUUAUCACUGUUUUACUUGUUUAAGUUGUGUUCGAAAUAUAUGCAGUGUACGUAAAAGGAUAAAUGUAUUACGUUUUUAUCCUUGUUUCAUUUUCACUUCAAUGCCUUGAUUUAUUCUUCAAAAAGUAUUACGAAAUUUAUGUAAAUUGUUGUUUAAUUCUGUUUUUAACAUAUAUUUGUGUUGCCUUCUAUGGGAUACUAAAGUAGUUGGUCAUGUGAUGAAUUCACUGGAAAUGAAAAUUUCGAAUGAACUGAUUCUGAAUUUC